AUGGGUGUCGGAAACCGUAUGAAGAAGCAGGGUCCUCCCGAACCCCUGUCGGAGGCCCAUUUCGCAAAGUUGAAGCGCAAGGCCGGUCUGCCAGCCGACCCCGUCGAGCCUGUCGAGGUUAAGAGGAGGAGAACACACAAGAAGGCUGCCGCCAAGCCCAACGGCGCCGCCGCAAAGAAGCAGGAUGCGAAGAAGAGCAAGGCGCCCGCGCCCAAAGCCGCUGCGCCCAAGGCGAACGGCAGAGGAAAGAAGGCCCAGCCCGUCGAGGACGAGGACGAAGACAUGUCGGACGACAACGACCUUGGCGACUUCGAGGCUGCCGGCUCUGAUAUGAGCGACGACGAGGUUGACGAGUUCUCCGACUUGGAGAACGCACCGGCGGGUCUGGGCGACGACUUCCUGGACUCGGACGACGACUCCGUCUUCGACUCGGACCAGGAGCAAGGGGGCGGCGGCAAGCACAUGUUCUCCGAGGACGAAGACGAGUCGGACGGCGAGGAGAAGCUCACAAAGGCCAACAUCGAGGGUCUCGCGCGGAGGCUCGACCAGAAGAUCGCCGCAGAGGACGCUGAGGCGCAGGCCGAACUCGAGGAGAUGGGUAUCCAGACCAACAUCGACGGCGACAAGCCGCACGUCUUUGACGACGAGGACGACGAGCUCGCCGCCAAGACCAAGUCGCUGCUCGCGCCCGAUCUGCAGCUCCUGAGAACGCGAAUCACGGAAAACAUCAGAGUGCUCGACGAUUUCGCCAACCUCCACGAAGAGGGCCGCUCGCGUGUCGAGUACGUCUCCCAGCUCAUCAAGGACAUCUGCGCCUACUACGGCUACUCCGAGUACCUCGCCGAGAAGCUCUUCAACCUCUUCUCGCCCCGCGAGGCGUUCGCCUUCUUCGAGGCCAACGAGUCGGCCCGCCCCGUCGUCAUCAGGACAAACACCCUCCGCACCCAUCGCCGCGACCUCGCCCAGGCCCUCAUCUCGCGCGGUGUCACCCUCGAGCCCGUCGGCAAGUGGUCCAAGGUCGGUCUGCAGAUCUUCGAGAGCAACGUGCCCCUUGGUGCGACGCCCGAGUACCUCGCCGGAUACUACAUCCUCCAGGCCGCGUCCUCGUUCCUGCCCGUCAUGGCCCUCGAGCCGCAAGAGAACGAGCGCGUGCUGGAUAUGGCCGCCGCCCCCGGUGGAAAGACCACGCACAUGGCCGCCAUGAUGAAGAACACGGGUGUCAUUGUCGCCAACGAUCCCAGCAAGCAGCGUGCCAAGGGUCUCAUCGGUAACAUCCACCGCCUCGGUGCCCGCAACGUCGUCGUCUCCAACUACGACGCUCGUGAAUUCCCCAAGCCCAUGGGCGGUUUCGACCGUGUGCUUCUCGACGCGCCCUGCUCGGGUACCGGUGUCAUUGCCAAGGACGCCAGCGUUAAGACCAACAAGACGGAGAGGGAUUUCAUGCUGCUGCCGCACAUGCAGAAGCAGCUGAUCCUGGCCGCCAUUGACUCGGUCAACCACCACAGCAAGACGGGCGGUUACAUUGUUUACUCUACAUGUUCCGUCACCGUCGAGGAGAACGAGGCCGUCGUCCAGUACGCCCUCUCCCGCCGCCCCAACGUCAGGCUCGUCGAGACCAACCUCCCCUUCGGUCGCGAGGGUUUCACCUCGUUCAUGGGCAAGAAGUUCGACCCGUCCCUGAAGCUCACCCGCCGCUACUACCCGCACACCUACAACGUCGACGGCUUCUUCGUCGCCAAGUUCCAAAAGUUCGGCCCCACGCCCGCAAAGGCCGAGAAGGCCGACCGCUCCGGCCCCGGCUACACCGGCGAGGUCGUAGACAAGACCCCCAUCACCGACGACGAGGACAACUCGGCGUCCGGCCAGGGUGACAACUUUGGCGGCUUCGACGAGGACGAGGACGAGGAGUACAUUGACAAGGCCAAGCGCAACGCCAUGCGCAGGCGCGGCCUCGACCCCAACGCCCUCUCGGCCAAGGCCAAGCGGGAGGCCGCGGCCAAGAAGGACGGCGGCAAGUCCGACAAGUCCGAGUCCGAGGCCGAGGUCGAGAAGCCCGCCGAGAAGACGCCCGAGAAGAAGGACAAGAGCAAGGAGAAGGCCGCCGCCGCCGACAAGGAGCGCAAGGCCGAGCGGAACACCGCGCAGAAGAAGGUGACGUCCACGGCCGCCACGCCGGAAAAGAGCCCCAAGAGCAAGAGCCCCAAGCAAAAGAAGGACAAGAAGGCUGCGAAAUAA